CGAAGAAGAAGAUGAUGAGAAAACCCAUGGCCGUCAUCUGCCACGCACCUGAACCCUUCCUCUUCCUCCUCCUCAAACCCUUCUCUUCCAUUUCCUCCGCCGCCGCCGCUCCUCUUCCCCUCUCCAAUGAACCGCACGAUCUAUCCUCCCAGCUCUUCGCCAUUCUAUCCCGCCCCAAUUGGCAGCGCCACCCUUCCCUUAAACAACUAGCCCCCUCCAUAUCCCCUUCCCAUGUCUCCUCCGUCUUCGCUCCCAACCUCGACCCCCGAACCGCCCUCGCUUUCUUCAACUGGAUAGCUCUUAAACCCGGAUACAAGCACACCGUCCAUUGCCACUCUUCUCUCCUCAACAUUCUCCUCCCCAAUGGGUUUCUCCAGGUCGCAGAAAAGAUCCGAAUUUCCAUGAUUAAGGCUUCCAGUUCCCCUCAAGAUGCCCUUUUCGUGCUCAAGUUUUUGCGGGAGUUGAAUGGUGCCGGAGAGUUCGAGUUCAAGCUCACCCUCAGGUGCUACAAUUUUCUUCUUAUGUCAUUGUCUAAGUUUUCCCUGCUUCAAGAUUUGAAAGCUUUGUAUUUGGAGAUGUUAGACGAUAUGGUUUCUCCAAAUCUGCAUACUUUUAAUACCAUGAUCAAUGCUUACUGUAAAGUGGGUAAUGUGGCUGAGGCAGACUUGUAUGUCAGUAAGAUAGGGCAGGCGGGUUUCCACCCCGAUACAUUUACCUACACUUCUUUGAUACUGGGACAUUGUAGGAAUAAGGAUGUGGAUAAUGGUUACAGGGUUUUUAAGCUAAUGCCGCAAAAGGGUUGUCAAAGAAAUGAAGUUUCCUAUACUAAUUUGAUACAUGGGUUUUGCGAGGCUGAUCAGAUUGAUGAGGCUCUAAAGUUGUUUUCUCAAAUGGGGGAGGAUAAUUGUUUUCCAACUGUGCGGACAUACACAGUUCUUAUUUGCGCCUUGUGUAAAUUGGGAAGGAAAUUAGAAGCAAUGAAUCUGUUCAAAGAGAUGACGGACAAGGGUUGUGAACCAAAUGUUCAUACUUAUACUGUGCUCAUUGAUAGCAUGUGCAAGGAAAAUAAGCUUGACGAGGCAAGAAACUUGCUAAACAAGAUGUUGGAGAAAAGGUUGGUUCCUAAUGUUGUCACUUACAACGCAAUGAUUGAUGGGUACUGCAAGGAGGGAGCAGUUGAGGCUGCACUUGGUAUUUUGGCUUUGAUGGAAUCGAGUAAUUGUUAUCCAAAUGCUCGGACGUACAAUGAAUUGAUUUGUGGGUUUUGUAAAAGGAAAAAUAUACACCAGGCAAUGGCAUUGCUUGGUAAGAUGCUUGAUCGGAAACUCUCACCAAGCCUAUAUACAUACAACUCAUUAAUCCAUGGGCAGUGUAAAAUGGGUCAUUUUGAGAGUGCUUACAGGUUGCUUAAUUUGAUGAAAGAAAGUGGUUUGGUUCCUGACCGAUGGUCUUACAGUUCUCUCCUAGACACUCUCUGUAAGAGGGGCAGACUGGAAGAAGCUCAUGCCCUGUUUGAUUCUCUCAAUGAGAAAGGCAUAAAGUCAAAUGACGUGAUCUUUACUGCUUUGAUUGAUGGUUAUUGCAAGGUUGGGAAAAUCGACGAUGCCCAUUCUUUGUUUGAUAGAAUGCUUGCUGAAGACUGUUUGCCGAACUCAUUCACUUACAAUACCUUGAUAGAUGUGUUGUGCAAAGAAGGAAGACUGAAGGAAGCAUUAUCACUGGUAGAAAAGAUGUUAAGUAUUGGCGUAAAAGCUACAACACAUACUUAUACAAUUCUAAUUAAACAAAUGUUGAAGGAAGGGGACUUUGACCAUGCUCAUAGGCUUUUAAACCAGAUGGUUAGUUCCGGUAAUCAACCUGACCUGUUUACUUACACUACCUUUAUUCAUGCAUAUUGCGGCAUAGGAAAUGUAGAAGAGGCAGAGAAAUUGAUGAUGAAGAUGAAUGAAGAAGGAAUUAUAGCAGAUUCGUUGACUUACACAUUGCUAAUUGAUGGAUAUGGGCGUAUGAGAUUAAUUGAUUGUGCAUUUGAUGUUCUUAAGCGCAUGUUUGAUGCUUGUUGUGACCCUUCGCAUUAUACAUAUUCCUUUCUGCUCAAACAUCUUUCGAAUGAAAAGUUGACGGAGACAAAGAAUAAUAUGGUGGAAAUUGAUUUGAUCCGAAAAGUCUCCUUAAUUGAUAUUAGUGAUGUGUGGAAGACAAUGGAUUUUGACAUUGCUUUAGAGCUCUUUAUAAAAAUGGCUGGACAUGGUUGUGCACCCGGUACCAACACUUAUGAAAAACUUAUAAUAGGUCUUUGCAAAGAGAGGCGCUUGGAAGUAGCCCAGAGGUUAUACAGUCAUAUGAGAGAAAGGAAAAUUUCUCCAAGUGAGAAUAUUUAUAAUUCUCUUCUUACCUGUUGCUGUACAUUGCAAAAGUAUGGAGAGGCAGCAACCUUGGUGGAUGCGAUGGUUGAGGAUGGUUAUUUACCGACACUGGAGUCCUCCACGUUGCUUGUAUGCGGGCUUCUUGAUGAAGAGAAGACUGAGAAGGCAAAAGCAAUUUUUCGUACUUUGCUUCUUUGCGAAUAUAAUUACGAUGAAGUAGCUUGGAAAGUUCUUUUUGAUGGUUUACUUAAGAGGGGUUUUGUCAAUAUAUGCUCUGAGCUCAUAAGCAUCAUGGAGAAGAUGGGUUGCCGGCUUCAUCCUCAGACAUAUUCAAUGUUGAUUGAGGGAAUGGAUGGUCCGUAAAAAUGUUGGUUUCUGGUAUUUAAUUUGUUAUCUGUGAGCACUACUACAAGCGGAAGUGAUUUUAAAACAUUAUAUUCCCAGAGAUCCGUGUAAGCAUUAUGCAUUGUGAAUACUGAGCGUUUACACAAUAAAAUGCUACAAAAGCUCGUUAUUGAUGUCUCAGGAGAAUAUGAUACUGGAUUUGUAGUCUUUGCAGUCUUUAUUUGCGCUGUGAAUAUGCAGUCUCUUCAGCAAGUACAAUAUGUUUCUCUGGGACGAGGACCUUGCCUUUGUUGACUCAAAAUGGCCAAAAUAAAGAAGGGGAUAUUGAAAGAUGUUUGAUGUAUAAAAAAGACGGGGAAAGUUCAAAUCCUUUGCUGCUUGAGUGUCGACUUCACCGUGCUUGGCAAAGAUUGUUUGGGAGAUAAUUGAUUGCUUAUUUUGUACUGGAAGGAUGAGCUCAGCUCUGGGCCCGAUGUUCGAUGUUGACCAAAAAAAGCUUUGGCGCUGAUGUUCGAUGUUGUUCACCCUUCAUUCCAUCCAUCCAUUUGCAUAGGAUGCUGAUCUUGUAUUGCAACGAAGAUCUUGUGCUGUAAAAGGAGUUAUCAGUGUUUGGUUGCUACAUGUAUGUGCCAACUAUAUUAGCAAACCAAAUGCAAGAACGCAAGGUCGGCAGGUGGCCAUUCUUAUACUCAUCGGAAAACAGAAAUCAGUACUGGACGGCUGUGAUUGUGCGUGCAGAUUAUCGGGUGCAGAACCAACCAGCUGAGCUGGGGGAGAUUGGACGGAAGUGCUGGUAUUUACUCGAUCGACAGCCUUGCUGACAUGAUAUAUCUCAAACAGUGUAUAGCAUUUUCUGGUGAUUUCAAACAGCAGAUGGCAAAUAUUUCAAGUCUGAUGAACAAUUAAUUUACGGUUUAUUGUAUCUUGUGUUAAAUUCCCACGUAGCAAUCUCGUUUAAAAUGACUGUUCACUUGAGGACGUAUGAUUGUUGUUUAGGUAAAUUAGGAAUCUUUUGGGAUGUAGAAGAUCUUUUCUUUUAUGCUUGUAUUAUUUGGAGAGCAAGUUAUUCUCUCUUCUUUAAUAAAUAAAGGCACAAGGCUAGACACAUACCUCUUGAAACCUU